AUGGCUGACAACAACGUACUUCAGAAUCCACCGAGGACGUUGGGAGAUUACAUGACUCUAGCUCGAGUUCCGCAGACGGCGAGAAUUGUUAGACCCAAUGUGGACGCUACCAACUUUGAGCUCAAGUCAGCACUGCUGCAUCUGAUUCAAAAAGAUCAGUUCAUCGGAGGAAGCACCGAGGACCCCUACAGUCACCUAGAGAAUUUCUUGCUCUAUUGUGAUACAUUGAAGAUGAAUGGAGUCUCACGUGACGCCAUCUUGCUCAGACUCUUCCCAUGCUCACUGAAGGAAGAAGCAAGAGGAUGGUUGUGGUCACUGCCUCAAGGAAGCAUCACCAACUGGGAUGAUUUGGCAACCAAGCAUCACCAACUGCCGCACCGUUAA